UCACAAUCAUUGAUCAAUGAAAGUUCAAGGACCAGAAUGCUGAGACCACUUCUUGAUUGGACACUUGCUGUGGUUUUAAGUGAUUUCCUUUUAACUGGAGCUCAAGACGUCAAACUGGUCAAUGGUUUUGACAUCUGCAUGGGGACAGUUGAGGUCUAUUACAAUGACACAUGGGGAACAGUGUGUGAUGACUCCUGGGACAUUUAUGAUGCUGCUGUGGUGUGCAGACAGUUGGGAUGUGGAAGAGCAUUUAGUGCACAUAACCAGGCUCUAUUUGGGAAAGGGAGUGAUAUAAUCUGGUUAAGUGGUGUUAAUUGUGAGGGAAAUGAGUCAUCCCUCAGAGAGUGCGUUCCCCUACAACCUGUAUCCAAUGAUUGUUCUCACAGUAAAGAUGCUGGAGUUGUGUGUUCAGCUUCUCUUGUUGUUGUCAUUGGUGCUGUGCUGACAGCGGUACUGCUCCUGUUGUCUGUCCUAAUAAUUAUAUGCCUGGUGAAGAGGACAAAAAAACGAAAGAUUAAAGAAACCCAGAUAUUCUUUUCUAGAGAUGCUGUAAGUAUGCACGAAGAUGUGUCUCUUGAAGACCGAUAUGAGGAGAAUGCUGAGGAUGACUAUGAGAAAGUAGAUAUUGAUGAUGGAGAAUCUGAGGAGAAUGCUGAGGAUGACUAUGAGAAAGUAGAUAUUGAUGAUGGAGAAUCUGAAUCUGACUAUGUUAAUAUGGAUGGAGACCCUGAACAGGACAACGUCAAUGUGGAGUCAGAUAAUUCUGAACAGGAUUAUGUCAAUGUGGACACAGAUGACUCUGAACAAGACUAUGUCAAUGUGGAUUUUACAGAGGACCAAAGUACAGUGGACAAUAACUAUGAGGAUUUAUGAAAGCUGUAUUGAUGAAAAAUGAGUGAACCCAAAAUACAGUGCAAUUACUGUAACUUAAUUUGGUCUUAAUGUGUCUGUUAAUGGAAAACAGGUGAAUAGAAUAAACACUUUUCAGGCUGAGAGCAUUAUAAGCUUGUUACACAUCAUAAUAAAACAUUUGCCCAAUAGAUGUAAAAUACAUGUACUCGUCCUAAAAGCAUGUGGCUUUUGAUCUUGCAAUUUAUCCACCUCUAAGUGAGAACUAUUCUUAAAAAUCAGCUGGCUACAAAAAGCAUCUUUUUUUUUUUUAAACUGAGAUUGUGUCAGCUUUUCUAGAAAACCGUUUGCUUAUUCCUAUCUUUGAAGGAGAGACAUCGCUGAAAGAAAAAGCUCUGAGGGACUCUCAUCUGCCAAAAUGUGGAGCUUUAACUACAGACUUGUGAACCUUUACAUAUUUCUUGUCUGCAACACUUUUUUUCUAUUAGUUUUCUGUUAGCCAGCCACAUAUUCAGGAAAACUGU